UCAUUCCAUUUUCAAGUGUUUGGACUCGAUAAAACUCAGACUGUGCAGAUAUUUCCUGGUAUGUUGUUGGGUUUGUGUUCGUGAGUUUGUUAAUUAUAAUUUUAGUUAAAAAAUCAUCGCCAAUUCUCUUUUUUGAUGAAGGUCUGGUGGCUAUGCCGUACAAUGAGCAGCGGGAGUAGCCAAAUAUGGCGUCGUCGCAGUGGUACAGCAUGGAUCCGCGCUGGCCUAGUAAUCUUCAUCUUGGUAUUCAUAUGGAUCCAGAUGACGUUCCUGAGCUUCGCUGGUUCAUCUCCUCAAUACUCAGAACUAAACGAUAGUAACGCGGCUAUUCUGAGUAUGGUUCCGGCUGUUUUGCACAAAUUUUUAUCACCCAGACCAAAAAAUCUUUCUACUAUUACUUUCGCUAACGGCAGUUUCUCGAAAUUUAUUUCCACAGACGUUCUAAAUAUAUCUGAGAUUAAACGAAAUAUAGCACAAUACAACAGACAACAAAUCGUUUACAAUGAAAAUAUAUUUGAUCCGCUUCAAAAUGACUCCAUUGUCAUACUAGUUCAAAUUCACGACAGAAUCACCUACUUACGCCAUUUAAUUGUCAGCUUAGCACAAGCACCUGGUAUUUCCCAGACUCUUCUUAUUUUCUCUCAUGAUUACUAUGACGAGGAAAUGAAUAAUCUAGUCAAAAGCAUUGAUUUUUGCAAAGUGAUACAAAUAUUUUAUCCCUACUCCAUACAAACUCACCCAUACGAAUUUCCAGGAGAGGAUCCCGGAGACUGUCCUAGGAAUAUUAAGAAAGAGCUAGCUUUAAGAAAAAAAUGUAAUAAUGCACUUUACCCAGACGUCUAUGGGCAUUAUAGAGAAGCAAAAUUUACUCAAACAAAACACCAUUGGUGGUGGAAAGCGAAUAGGGUAUUUAGUGACCUGGAGAUUACCAGAAAUCACACCGGUCUGGUAGUUUUACUCGAAGAGGAUCACUAUGUUGCUGAAGACUUUAUCCAUUUGUUGCGAUUAAUGGAACGGACCUACAAAGAAUCUUGUAAACAUUGUAAUAUAUUGUCUUUGGGAACAUACUUGAAAACAUACAACUACUAUGCCGAUUCGAAAAAGGUAGAAAUAUCACCAUGGAUUAGCAGUAAACAUAACAUGGGAAUGGCUUUUAACAGAUCAACUUGGAUGCAGAUUGUAGAUUGUGCAUCACAUUUUUGUAAAUAUGACGACUACAAUUGGGAUUGGUCGUUACAACAUGUAUCUCAAAACUGUUUGAAGGAUAAACUGCAUGCAAUGGUAGCUCGUGCCCCCAGGGUUUUCCAUAUCGGCGAAUGUGGUGUCCAUCACAAGAAGAAAGACUGUCAGGCUACGGCAAUGAUAUCAAAAGUUCAGCAGGUCCUCAAAAAUGCAAAGAAACAUUUCUACCCAGAUUAUUUAAUAUUAACGUACUCCACGGCACUGAAAAAAACGAAACUUCGAAAGGGUAAUGGCGGAUGGGGUGAUAGAAGAGAUCAUAAGCUGUGUAUCGGUAUGACUAUAGGUGGAUAGCUGAUUUUAUUUUUGUUAUAAAUUAAUUAAAUUAUGAAAUGUUAUAAAUUGUUAUUUUUUAUUUAUAUUUAUUCGUAUCGAAUUUUUGAAUAUUUACUGUUUUUUUGUUGCCAGUAUCUCUGCAUAUUAUUAAGAUAUUUGUACUUGUGUAAAAUAUACAAUCAAGAUGUGGAAAAUA